AUGCCCGACUUGCCUGCUGGUUCGUUUGUAAAGUUCGUGUCAACUUGUAAGCUAGAUACUUUGAGUCUCGGCAUAAUAAAAUCAACAGAGACUGACCCAAAAAAAUCAACAAUUGAAGGACUGAAACAAACUUUUCAAGCUGGCGUUGAAGCAGAGAUAUCGAUUUGCCCAAAGACAAGCGAAGGACAGAUCAGUAACAAACAAUAUGACGAUGACGUUGAGGUUCAAGUGGAACCUGCUGACCAACUAGCAAGUUUGAUCAUCAACGAAGGGAACGAUGAAGCGGGCGGAAAUUUCCAAGUGAAAUUUGUUCCUAAACUGCCGGGUGUCUACCACAUCUCAGCAAAGGUAAACGGCGACAACCUUGCUCAGAGUCCCUCUAAUAUCGAGGUACAGGAACGAAAGCUUGAAGUUGUAGGCGAGCUGCAAAGUGACACUACGAUUAAGCCAGCCGGCAUUGCUGUGAACUCAAUGGGAAUGAUCGCCGUAGCGAACCAAGAUAAGCACUGUAUUUUUAUAUUUGAUAAAGAAGGAAAGUUUUUGAGACAGUUG